AUGGCCGUGAGAAAAGCGCGUGCGGGUCGUCCUGCACGUGCUGCACAAGUUGAAAGACAUUCCCUUCGCUCAUCCCUAGUGAAGUCCUCAAGGACCAAUCCGACAAGGACUGGCCGUCAGGGGGUAACACAGCAAAGUCUCAACCAGCCUGACGAACCGCUCUUGCCAAGAUUGAUGUCAUGGCCCGACACCCUUGCAGCGGUUGAAGAGCAAUCCCUUGAAACCCAGGUACAAAGAUACAAAGAAUGGAAACGAAAUGGAUCGGCGCACGAAGAUUACUGCCGCGUUUGUCAAGCGCACGGGGGAAGACUUGAGCCUUGCUUAACCUGCCGGCUCGCGUUCCAUGCCGAUUGUAUUCCAGCAGGAUGGCUGCGUGAUUCCCAAGAUUCACUUGUUUGUCCAAUCUGCGUCCGUCGCGGUUGGCAUACCACUCCUCCUACAUUGUCACCACCAGCUUCACCACCGCCAGAAGAACGGAAUGAUCCAACAUCUGCAGCUCCGACUACGUCAGCUCCUCACCCCGACACGAAUUCGUCAUCCAAUACACAUCCUCAUAGUAGCGCCUCAGACGGGCCCUUGGGCGUCUCUUCCAUACAACAAGCUCCAACGGGUGAUAGACAUGAUGUACCACCGAGUGGCCCUACUGCUCCCAAACGACUGUAUGAGCUCCUUGGCAAUGAUGAUGAAGCUACGGAAGAUAAUGUGGCAUCUCAACGACUGCGACGUCAGCGCAAGUCUCGUUAUACGAACCUACCAACGGAAGUAGAUACAGCCCUGUCAGUCCUAUACCGAGAGCUCGAGUCGAACAAAUCCCUUAGGAGAGAAGUAGAGGAACUCCGAAGCGAGAAUACCAAAAGUAAUCAAACUAUCAGGAUCCGCGAUCUUAGUAUCAUCGCCUUACGCAGAGAACUGGACUAUCGGCGAUCUUCAGAUCAGGAGAUAGAAACACUGCGAGCAACGGCGACUCAACUCGAGAAUGCAAAGAAGGAAAUUCAGGAGCUACGGGCAAGAAACGAAGCCCUGAGUGCGGAAUUACAAACUUGGAGAAAUGACACAGCAGAAGCUCAGGCUCUUGUGCGAGAUUGGAAGGCUAAGCUUUCACAACUCAUUGGAGAUUGA